CUGGAGUCCUUCUGUAUAUGUAUAUACAAGUGCAAAGACUGGAAUAGAGUUGGAGCUGCCGUUAAUCGCUCAGGAUCUGCUCAGUUAGAAAACAGGGAAAGGCGGCUCUUUGCCUUUCACCUGUUUGGGGGCAUGACUUGCCAAGCGUUUGCUUCAUCCGACAAUUUUGUACCCUUGAAUUCUGACUCUUCUCCCUCUCUGCCUCUGAUAAUGCAUCACAGCGCAGGAGAGUGCCUGCCCGUUUCUAACCAUGCGACCAAUGUUGUCUCCACAGUCCCAUCUGUUUUGUCUUUGAUACAAACUCCUAAAUGUUCCCAUCUCCAUUUUGCCAUGAUGACUUCGGGAAACGUGUCAGCAGGACUACACUACUCUGUGCCCUCCUGUCACUAUGGAAAUCAAGCCUCUACCUAUGGGGUGAUGGCAGGCAUCAAGCCUGCAACUCCAGAGAUGCUAUCAGCAAGUCUCUCCCAGAGUCGCAUCUUACAGACAUGCAGCAUGCCACAUCCCAAUGUAGUAAAUGGUGUCAGCACACUGCAAAGUAGCCUGACCCCUUGCCUUUAUAAGUUCCCUGAGCAUGCCCUGAGUGCCAGCUCCUGUGCCCUGGGCCACAGCUUCACACCCAUGCACCAGACCCUCCUCAGCGAUGAUCCCACAGCUUCAGACUUCAAGCAGGAAUUCCGCAGGAAAAGCAAGUCUGUGGAAGAGCCUGUCGACAUGGAUUCCCCUGAAAUCAGGGAACUGGAGAAAUUCGCUAAUGAGUUCAAACUGCGGAGAAUUAAGCUGGGUUAUACACAAACCAAUGUUGGCGAAGCACUGGCUGCUGUGCACGGCUCUGAAUUCAGUCAAACUACCAUUUGCCGCUUUGAGAACUUGCAGCUGAGCUUUAAGAAUGCAUGCAAACUGAAAUCAAUACUGUCCAAGUGGCUGGAAGAAGCAGAACAAGUGGGAGCUUUAUACAAUGAAAAAGUUGGCGUGAAUGAGCGGAAGAGGAAGCGCAGAACCACCAUAAGUAUUUCUGCCAAAGAAGCCCUGGAGAGGCACUUUGGAGAACAAAGCAAGCCUUCUUCUCAGGAAAUCAUGAGGAUGGCUGAGGGGCUUAAUCUUGAGAAAGAAGUCGUAAGAGUUUGGUUUUGCAACAGAAGACAAAGGGAAAAAAGAGUGAAGACAAGUCUGCAUCAGAACGCCUUUAGCUCUAUUAUCAAGGAGCACCAUGAGUGCCGGUAAAGCUUUUUCAUGCGUAGCUGUGGAUUUCUGUUUUGCUUUAUUUUAAGUACUUUGUAUAUACUUAUUUUCAUGAAGAAAAAAUGGUAAAUCACUUGAUUCCCUUACAAGCUAGCCAGCUUCAGAUGCAAUUUUGUGUGGGAGGCCUGAUUUCAUUGUAAAAGGUUGGGGAAAAAAAUGCUAUUGCAUAUAUUUGAACUGUUGAAGGCCUAACUUCAGUGAGCCUAUUAGGCAUUACUCAACCAGAAAUGCUUUACAAAUAGCAUAUGUAGUUGCAGUUUCCCUGUGCUGUGCCUUCACUGAGUCCGCAUUGUACUGAAUGAUUAAAAGAGAACCCCCAUUGCAGGUACCCUAAGCAUGAGGAAACAAAUCCCUUGUUACUCAUGAAGAAAGGCUACAAAGCUUGGUGUCAACAGCUGUAGUUCGUGAAAGAUUUCUGCCUCAGCCUGUCUAUGCACGUACCAUACCCCCAGCCCAUGGUAGCUAUCUAACUGAGCUAACCUUUGUGAGAUUAUGAGCCAUUAGGCACAUUACAUGGUCCCACUCUCAGAGAUGAACACUGAGUUCACUUAAAUUUAACAUCAAAAAUAAGUUAGAACUUUGAGGAAGAGAAGAACGUGAAGAAGUGAUCUUAAGCUUGCAGUGUUGUUAUUGUUGAGUAUCUAUCUAUGGCCAAAGAUGGGAUCCUGGAAGACUGUCACGAGAUGUGAGUGAUUCAGGAAGGCAGUAGAGGAGUGUGAGAUGAGGACUGAAAAGCUGCCUUCCACAAACUGGCUGAAAUUCAGGGACAAGCUCACAGCUGCUGUACAUCUCCGACUGAACUACUUCAGGUAACUUCCUUGUGUCUUUUCAAGGUGAAGAUAUGAAAGAUGUGCCAUAGCUGCUGUCUUUAUUUAUGGUAGAAUAAGCUUACCAGUACUGACGUGUCAACAUGACUCCUCACGUGUGCUCAGUUACAGCGUACCACUGCCUCAAACAGGUGCCGAGUUGAAGUGACAUUUUUUAAUGCUAGUUAUCAAAGGUAUUUCCUGCUAAUUCACUGCAUGCCUUAAGGUCUGAUUUAGAUAGGUUUAGCUAUCGCCUUAAGAGUUUAUGGCUUGAUGGCAAAAAGUAGGGAAUGAUCAGCUAAUUAUUUCUUCAGGCUUUCUCUGCAUUGUAUUUUUUAAGAUGAAAUCCUUUUGUGGACAUACAUAAAUGAGAGAGUGUAUUAAGUGAAAAAACGGGGCUUUUUUCUUUGCAACAAGUAGUGAAAGCAUUUCCUGCACUUUACAUUCCCACUCUCUUAUACCCCAACAACUGAAAAUAACCCUGUGCCAUCCUGCAGCCUGGAGAGACAAUCAGGCAAAAAAGAACAAUAAAAACUAACAACCCCAUAUUAAUAAGCUAACAAACAAACAAAAAAACAAUGACAGUGCCAGAGCUCCACCUAUCAGAAAGCCAGACACCAAGAAACUAAAUUAAGGACUUUAGUUCUCACCAGGGACAGAUUAUCAAGCCAUCUCAUCAACCCUGCUUGUUGUUAUUAAAUAGCCCAUUACCAUAUAUGUAUUUUACACUUUUCCCAGGACUGAAAUUAAGUGAGUACAUGCAAGCAGUAAUGGCCUGAUAAAUUUUAUUUUUCCAUUAAAUAGACCUGAUGAUUUAGAAAAUGUCUAAAUAAUAGGCCCACAGAAAGCAAAGAGGUUUACUGUUCAAGAUCACUUAGAAUCAGCAUGGACAAAUUGUGUUUUCACGCUCCUGCAUGUUAAAUUGUCUCUGACACCUAUUACUGUGACCAUAAGCUUAUUCAACUGCGGAAGUUCGACCUCCAGAUUAAGGAAAUAUAUUCUUACGGAUUAAUUGCACUGCUACAGCCCUUUAAUUUAGAAGCAGCCUCUAGUCUAAUCAUUCAGAUGGGAGAAAUUAUGUUAUAUACUCUCUUCAGGUAGUUCUCAACACUAGCAUAGCUCACCCACAGCAGCACAGACCACGCCUCUGCCUUUAUCAGCUGUGUGUGUAUUGACAGAUCAUGAGCUUUCCAACAGGAUAAAAGAUAAACACAUUUUAGAAGAUUGGCACUCAACGGCAUGCAUCUGUGUACUUCUGAUGUUACGUAGUCCAGUGUUGUAUGUAUGUUGAAACUACUGACAAAUACAAAUUUUAUUUAUAUUGUAAGUUAUUUUAUUGAUUAUAAAAGGCUACCUAGUGAUGCUGUAAGCCUGUAUGUUCUCUUCCUCCCCAAAUAAAGUAUUCUUGAACGUUCAGUUU